GGUGGGUGCGGUUUUCCUGCUUGACUUCCUGGUCAGAUGACCCGUGUCAAGCUAUCACGAAGCAGUCGCAGCGGUCGCGACGGAAGCUCGGCUAGCAUCCACAAUGGUCCUCUCCUUGGACAUCAUUCCAUGAAACCUCAUCCAAAACUGACAUCUUAAAGCCCGCUUUGCUUAUGUGUUUACUGGAAACGUCCACGGACUGAAAGACCUGAAAGGUUCCAGUUGUGGUGCCAAAAUCAGACGUGGAGAAAGCAACUGUUUCUAAACUGAACUGAACUGGACUCAAUGAGGGAGCCCGAUCGGGAGGAGCAGCAGCAACUUGACGACAACAUGCCCCCCAAGUUUAAGAGACAUCUCAACGAUGAUGAGGUCACGGGAUCAGUUCGCAGCGAGAGGAGGAACCUGCUGGAGGAAGAUUCAGAUGAGGAAGAAGACUUUUUUCUACGUGGCCCGACAGGACCGCGAUUGGGAGGGCCAAAUGAUAAACUCAAGCAUGUGCAGUCGCAGGUGGACGAAGUGAUCGACGUGAUGCAGGAGAACAUCUCCAAAGUGAUCGAGAGGGGCGAGCGCCUCGACGACCUGCAGGACAAGUCGGAGAGUCUUUCAGACAAUGCGUCGGCCUUCAGCAGCCGGGCCAAACAUUUGCACAGGAGGAUGUUAUGGCGGAACAUGAAGAUGAAGAUGAUCAUCGCUCUGGUCGUGGUGGGUCUCCUGCUCAUUAUCAUCGUUCCAGUGAUCCUGCGGUAUCGCUAGUGUCCGAGGAGCAGGAGGGCGACGGGCUACCCUCCACCCUCUUCUUCCUCGGCAUCUCUUCCCAGGGUCCUUCUAUCCGAUUGUUGGGGGGGAGGGCGCCGGACGACCCAACUCCUUCAGCAAUCAUCACUAAGGUCGGCCGCCUUCAUCCCGCUUUGGAGUUUUAGAAAGCGUAGAGUCGGUUAUGUUUGGACGCGUCUGUCUUCACGCCAAGUAGUAGAAUUCAGUGUGUGUCGUUAAUCAUGUAACCUGCCAAUCUGUUUAACCGAGGAGAGGAAGACUGUACAGGAAACCACAACGGAGGACAUUUGCUUUUAUUCUUCUUCAUACUCUUUACUACAAGAAGACUUUAGCCUCCAUCAUGGAAGUGACCCUUCUCUGUCCACCCAUCACUGGACUGCAAGUGUAUUUGCAACACUGGAAAAUGAAAAGGGAAAGUGUGUGUACAGAACUGAAUCAUCAAACCAUUACAAUGCUUUUUACAAAGUCCCAUCAUUAUCCUCCUAGUCGCUGAUGGACAGGGUCAAAACCAAAACUUCCAUGUCAUGAAUGUCUCUAGGCCGAUGUGGUCAACCCCGACCCACUCAUUUGGUUCUGUUAGGUCCUGUGGUGUUUCUCUCUCUCCCCCCACCUUAUUUAUUAUUUUGUUUUGCUGAGCGCAACACUUGUGUUGUAUGAAGGCGAGGCGGACGUUUCAGCUUGCUUCUCUUGGCAUUCCGGAGGACGUUCUUAAAAGUGUAAAAUGGUGUGGACUCAACUACCCCUUGUGAUUUACUGUCUUCUUUAAUUUAUUAAAAGCUGUACAAAUUGAUUCUGUAACGCCGCCCUUUGCCGUAAGCAUUCCAAUCUUUAUUCCUCCCCUCCGUCUGAAAUAAACUGCUUAUAACAACCCGUGCCCUGGUAUGAUCUGGUUGAAGGAACCAACCAGAUAGGUUUGAUAGUUGGUGGGAAGGAAGAGGAAACAAACCCUUCAUAUACAUCCAUCUAUCCAUUUUCUUUGCCACUUAUCCUCACGAGGGUCGCGGGGAGUGCUGGAGCCUAUCCCAGCUGUCAACGGGCAAGAGGCGGGGUACACCCUGAACUUGUUGCCAGCCAAUCACAGGGCACAUUGAGACAAACAGCCACACCAAGGGGUAAUUUAGAGUGUCCAAUUAAUGUUGCAUGUUUUUGGGAUGUGGGAGGAAACCGAAGUACCCGGAGAAAAUCCACACAGGCACGGGAAGAACAUGCAAACUCCACACAGGCGGGUCUGGGAUUGAACCCAGGUCCUCAGAUCUGUGAGGCCAACGCGUUUCCAACUGAUCCACCGUGCUGCCCUAAAACAAAUCAAUACAACAAAAACACACUUUUACCCUUCUUUGGAAUCCAGUUUUAAACCAUUAAAAUAACAAAACAAAAAACAGCCAUUUUUCUUUGACAGACAUUUUUUGGGUCAUAUUUUGUUGUGAGAAGCCAAACGUUCAAUUUAACCCCUAAAAUGUUUACAUUUUCA